CAGAACAUGUGAAAAUAUCAAGCGUUCUCAUUUGAGGUUGUUUUACACCAACCACACAUCUUCAUUAAACUCAAAAAAUAUCCCUAUAAAUAUGGUACUCAAUAAUUGAUGGAACAAUUUGUGAAGCAUAUAGUCUUUUGACUCAACAAACUCAUUCAUCCGAAACAACCGUACACACCUCUUUCCAAUAACAUCUAUAUUGAUACUACAACAAAUAGUUAAGUUUCAAGAACAAUGAUCAAUAAAGUGAUUAUCCUUUUAGUUAUUAUGCUUUUCACCAUUUCUGCAUUUUGUUCUGAUCCAGAUCCAGUUAUGGAUUUCUGCAUAGCCAAAUCAACAGACAACAGUUUCACCUGCAAAAACUCAUCAACAGCAACGGUUGAAGAUUUCACCUUCUCUGGUAUAAAAGUUCCAGGAAAUUUCAAAGAAACUGGUUUUGCUUCAAUGGGAGUGAAUUCAAAUAUUUUUCCAGGUUUAAACACACUUGGAAUGUCUUUUGUUAGAGCAGAUUUUGAUGUUGGUGGUGUCAAUGUUCCACACUUUCAUCCAAGAGCAACAGAGGUUGCUUUUGUUCUUGAGGGAAAAAUUUAUUCAGGAUUUGUUGAUACUAAAAACAAGAUUUUUGCUAAAGUUUUGGAGAAAGGAGAGGUUAUGGUUUUUCCAAGAGGACUUGUGCAUUUUCAAAUGAAUGUUGGAGAUGUUCCUGCUACUAUUUUGGGGAGCUUUGAUAGUCAAAAUCCUGGUUUGAUGAAAAUUCCAAAUGUUGUUUUUGGAUCUGAGAUUAAAGAUGAGCUUUUGGAAAAGGCUUUUGGAUUCACUUCUAAGGAGCUUUCUAAGUUAAAGAAGAGGUUUUCUCCAAGCUAAAAAAUGCAAUUUUUAUGUUUAUGGUAGAAAUUUUUAUAUGAUAUACUUUUUGUAUAAUAACAUUCUUGUGACUAUAGUUGAAAAAUACAUCAUCACAGUGGAAAAUUAUUAGAUUGAUUUGUAGUUAAUUGUUUUAUUAAUUCAUUCCUUCAGGAACUGUAUUUUAUUUAUAAUAACUGAGUUAAAAAGAUUAGAAAUUUGAGUUGAAGUGUUAUUUUUUAAGCGACAAGUAGUAAAGUGUUGGAGUUUGUUUCCAAGCUUCUGGAAUUUUGUGUUCAUAUUUUAUAGUUAUUAAAGUCAAUAAUAUUUGCUUU